GUGAAUCGAAAAUGAAAGCUGUUGUACUGGUCGUUGUCAGCUUGCUGGCAUUAUCUUCGAUAAAUUGUGAUGUAUUCUUUGAGGAGAAGUUUCCUGAUGAUUCGUGGGAAAGCAAUUGGGUGUACAGUGAGCACCCAGGAAAAGAAUUUGGAAAGUUUAAAUUGACUGCUGGAAAGUUCUUCAGCGACCCAGAGGAUGACAAAGGUUUGAAAACCUCUGAAGAUGCGAGGUUCUAUGCUCUCUCCCGUAAGUUCAAACCGUUCAGUAAUGAGGGUAAACCCUUGGUCGUCCAGUUCACUGUCAAACAUGAACAAGACAUUGACUGUGGAGGCGGAUACCUCAAGGUCUUUGACUGCAAACUGGAGCAGAAGGACAUGCACGGAGAGACUCCAUAUGAGAUUAUGUUCGGCCCUGACAUCUGUGGUCCAGGAACCAAGAAGGUACACGUAAUCUUCAGUUACAAGGGUAAGAACCACCUCAUCAAAAAAGAUAUCCGCUGCAAAGAUGAUGUCUACACACAUUUGUACACUCUGAUUGUGAAACCCGACAACACCUAUGAAGUCCUCAUUGACAAUGAGAAAGUUGAAUCUGGCGACCUAGAGGCCGAUUGGGACUUCCUUCCGCCCAAGAAAAUCAAGGACCCUGAAGCCAAGAAACCAGAAGACUGGGAUGACAAGCCCACUAUUCCAGACCCCGAAGACAAGAAGCCUGAGGAUUGGGACAAACCUGAACACAUUCCAGACCCAGAUGCCACCAAACCUGAAGACUGGGAUGAUGAGAUGGACGGAGAAUGGGAGCCACCUAUGAUUGACAACCCAGACUACAAGGGCGUUUGGGCACCAAAACAGAUUGAUAACCCAGCUUACAAAGGCCCAUGGGUCCAUCCCGAAAUCGACAACCCAGAGUACACUCCUGAUUCAAACCUGUACAAGCGCGACGAAAUCUGCGCUGUCGGUCUCGAUUUGUGGCAAGUCAAGUCCGGUACCAUCUUUGACGACUUCCUUAUUACUGACGACCCGGCCGCCGCCAAAGAGAGGGGAGAGGUCAUCAAGAAAAGGCAGGAGGGAGAAAAGAAAAUGAAGAGCGAACAAGACGAGGCCGAGAGGGAGAAGGAGAAGGCGGAAAAGCCUGACGAUGAGGAAGAUGAUGAGGACCUCGACGAUGAGACUGGAGACGCAGCGCCUGUGGAGGAACACGAUGAGCUGUAGGCUGUUGUGAUUAAUUAGUGAGUGCCAAGACAUUAAGUACCUCGGGGUACGUAGUGUGCGUGCGUGGAGAAUUCUUUUUUUAAAACCUCUCGUUGCGCAAUCUUCUACAAUUCCAAUACUAUUGUCAUUUGUUUUUAGCACUGUGCGUGUGUUUGGCUCGAAUUUUACCGAUUCGUAGGGACAUGUUGUGUGUAAGUAAAUAUGUGUCCGUUGUUUCGUACUGAUGUCCGUGUAGAUGGGGAUUACGCUCAGAAUUGAUGUAUGUAAUUAUUUAAUGUUUUGUUAUCGGUCUGGCACCGUGUGCUGGGACGUGAAUGUAAAGUUUUACUGUACAAUAACAUUCGAUGUAGUAGCCCUAAUGUUUUGUAUGAUUGUGAUUGUUAUUGUACAGUAAAUCUGUUUCUCAUUUUAAGUUGUGAAAUGAGUCAAUAAAAUGAAUUAAAAUU